GUCAGUGCGCGCCUAUUGUUGUUGCGCCUUCCCGUGACAUCUCUCGUUCCUCCACCGUUCUAUUUCGGUCUCUUCCAGUUCCCGAGUCUCUCCAGUCCUCUCGCGAGACAAUUUUCCUCGUCCUCCCUCGAUAGCUCGGACGACGGGAGAAUCUCGCCAUGGGUCUCGUGUGCUCGACGGCUCAGCUUGCGUGCUUGUGCGGAAGCGCAGCCUGCAGCUUCUGCUGCUCUCAGUGUCCCUCGUGCAGGAACAGCACGAGCACUCGCAUCAUGUAUGCGCUGCUCCUGCUGCUGGGAACUAUUGCAGCCUGUAUCACUCUGGCUCCUGGUCUUCAAAACGCUCUGAAAAAGGUCCCGUUCUGUGCAAACAGUUCCACGUAUGUUCCAUCGGAAGUUACUCUCGACUGCGACUCCGCGGUCGGUUACUUGGCAGUCUAUAGAAUAUGUUUCAUUCUCUCCUUGUACUUUUUCUUGAUGUCCGUAAUAAUGAUUAGGGUGAAAAGUUCAAGAGAUCCACGAGCAGCCAUACAAAAUGGAUUCUGGGCAAUCAAAUAUCUUCUGAUAAUCGGAGGGAUUAUUGGUGCUUUCUUUAUCCCAGAAAGAUCAUUCGGAUCUACUUGGAUGUAUUUCGGAAUGUUGGGAGGUUUCCUCUUUAUAAUUAUCCAGUUGAUUCUAAUCGUUGACUUUGCACACACUUGGGCUGAUGCUUGGGUAGGAAAUUAUGAGAAUACCGAGUCAAAAGGAUGGUAUGCUGCACUGCUGGGCGCAACUUUCUUCAAUUAUGCCGUCUCUAUUACUGGAGUGGUGCUCCUUUACGUAUAUUAUACACAUCAAAGUACAUGUGCCCUGAACAAGUUUUUCAUUUCGUUUAAUCUGAUUUUGUGUGUCAUUACCGGUGUUGUAUCAAUUUUACCGACUGUACAAGAACAUCAGCCGCGAUCCGGACUUCUUCAGUCCUCUGUGGUAACAUUAUAUGUGGUAUACUUAACGUGGAGCGGUAUAUCAAACAGUCCAGAUCACCAAUGUAAUCCUGGUUUCAUCCCUGGUUUAUCGAGUCAUGAUGUCACUACACAAAAUCGUAUUGCGUUCGAUAAGGAAAGCAUUAUUGGACUUAUAAUAUGGUUUAGCUGCGUUUUAUACAGUUCCUUACGUACAGCGUCCAAGUCGUCAAAGAUCACAAUGUCCGAAAAUGUAUUAAUUCAGGAUAAUGGAGCUGUUAGAAAUGCGGGAGAGCAGUCUCUUAUCGGUAAUGAAGAUUAUACUACAGUAGAAGGACGUAAUGCCGAUGCAGAGGGUGGAAACGAGGCCAAAGUUUGGGACAAUGAAGAAGAAAAAGUAGCAUAUAACUGGAGUUUCUUCCAUCUCAUGUUUGCUCUUGCUACUUUAUAUGUUAUGAUGACGCUUACAAACUGGUAUAAACCAAACUCCAGUCUGGAUACCUUAAAUGCAAACGCCGCUUCGAUGUGGGUGAAGAUUAUUUCUUCAUGGAUGUGUUUGGGUCUUUAUGUAUGGUCAUUGGUAGCGCCUGCCCUUUUCCCGAAUAGAGAUUUCUCUUAAACUUCUGGAUUUAUUGUAAGCCAAAAUCCAGGAGUCUGUAAAACAGACAUUUCUCUGCUUAUGAUCUAACAUUGACAUGCUAAUUAUGAUCAUAUUUAAGCCAAACAAUGCAAUACGAAAUAUUGCGUAUUAAACUGAUAUAUAUUCCUAAAAAAUAGUAGUUCUGUAUGCAAAUUUGCUUUCUCAGUAAUAAUGUAUUUAACAUAGAUGUGUGCAGAAUGAACUGCAUGUAGUUUUAGUUGCUAAACUUCUAUUGACUAAUUUUUAGAUUAUAUGCAAGACAAUUUAACUAUCCAUUUAAUGAUAUGCUAUUCCGAAAGACUAACAGUUAUAUUGAUAUCAUAUGUGCUUUAUAUGUUAUAAAAAUCAGUUCUAUUAAUAUCACACGUAUAAUUAGAUGUGUAAAAUUACGGUAUAUAAAGAUAUGAUAGGAAA